GAACCACCUCCCCUUGGCGCCUGGCGCGCGGUGCUCCCCUCAAUAGUGGCCGGUAGGAAACGCUCUCACGCGGCCGGCGCGGUUCCGGUAGCGCGGGGCGGGCGCUGCACGGGGUGGCGGCGGCGGCGCCGGCGGAGCCGAAUAGGUGAGUGAACCACAGGCAGUGGAAUAUGGCUGGACAAAUAUCGGAAUCUGAUCAGAUCAAGCAGUUCAAGGAGUUUCUGGGAACAUACAAUAAACUGACAGAAAACUGCUUCCUGGAUUGCAUAAAGGAUUUCACUAGCAGAGAGGUUCAACCAGAAGAGAUGACGUGCUCGGACCACUGCCUACAGAAGUAUUUAAAGAUGACGCAGAGGAUCUCCAUGAGGUUCCAAGAGUACCACAUUCAGCAGAAUGAAGCCCUGGCAGCUAAAGCAGGACUGCUUAGCCAGCCUCGUUAGACAAGAGCACUCUGCUCAGACCUUGCAAGCAGUGCCAGUGUCUUUUGGGCAAGAACACACUUCGGAUUUUCUACUGUCAGGAUGUAUGUCUGGCAACUCAGAAGAGAGUUCCAGAUACUGCUUGAACAGUGGAAAUCAUAGAGGGUUAAACAAGAAGUCAUGCUGGACCAGCAAUGGAGUCUGUCGCUGAGGUCCUGUUUGCUCUACAAUGGAGUAAUGCUGACACAAACUUUUCCAGGACUGACAGAUCAGGAUGUUUAAAUUUCAGGGGAGGUGGGAGGGCUGCAAUUCCUUUCUGCUAGGACAGGGUCAGAUGAAAAAAGUGUAAGAUAGGAAAUACACUUUUUUUAUUUAAUUCGAGUAAAAUAAAUGGGAACUGUAUGCUUGCACGUCUGUUCUU